AUGGCCCCGGGGGAGCUACUGACCUCCGGCCCCGCGGCCCCCUCGCAGGGCCGGGCCCCCCUCUGGCUGCGUGCCCACGUGGGCAGCCUGCUCUUCGGCCUGGGCUGCGCGAUCCAGCGGCACUGUGGCAAGGUGCUCUUCGUGGGGCUGCUGGCCUUCGGAGCCCUUGCACUUGGUCUGCGUGGAGCUGCCGUGGAGACGGACCUGGAGCGCCUCUGGGUGGAAGUGGGCAGCAGGGUGAGCCAGGAGCUGCGCUACACAAAGGAGAAACUUGGGGAAGAGGCCGUGUACACAUCCCAGACCCUAAUCCAGACUGCCCGCCAUGCCAGCGAAAACAUCCUCACCCCUGAGGCUCUGGGUCUCCACCUUCAGGCCACCCUGGCAGCAAGCAAAGUACAAGUGUCACUCUAUGGAAAGUCCUGGGAUUUGAACAAAAUCUGCUACAAGGCAGGGGUCCCUGUCAUUGAGAAUGGGAUGAUUGAGAGGAUGAUUGAGAAACUGUUUCCCUGUGUGAUCCUCACCCCGCUGGACUGCUUUUGGGAGGGAGCCAAGCUGCAGGGGGGCUCUGCAUACCUACCGGGCCGGCCUGAUAUUCAGUGGACCAACCUGGACCCAGAGCAGCUCCUGGAAGAACUAGGCCCCUUUGCCUCCCUCGAGGGCUUCCGGGAGCUGCUGGACAAAGCCCAGGUGGGCCAGGCCUACGUCGGACGGCCCUGCCUGCACCCUGACGACCCUCACUGCCCAGCCAGUGCCCCCAAUCACCACAGCAGACAGGUCCCGGACAUUGCUCGAGAGCUGAGCGGCGGCUGCCAUGGCUUCUCACGCAAGUUUAUGCACUGGCAGGAGGAGCUGCUGCUGGGCAGCCCGGUGAGGAGCCCUCAGGGCCGGCUGCUCAGUGCUGAAGCCCUGCAGAGCACCUUCCUGCUCAUGAGUCCCCGGCAGCUGUAUGACCACUACCGAGGAGACUACGAGACCCACGACAUCAGCUGGAGCGAGGCCCAGGCCGGUGCUGUGCUCCAGGCCUGGCAGAGGCGCUUUGUGGAGCUGGCCCAGCAGUCGGUGCCCCAGAAUGCCUCUCAGCAGAUCCACGCCUUCUCUGCCACCACCCUGGAUGACCUCCUGCGCUCCUUCUCCGACAUCAGUGCGGUCCGUGUGGCCGGGGGCUACCUCCUCAUGCUGGCCUACGCCUGUGUGACCAUGCUGCGCUGGGACUGCUCCAAGUCGCAGGGUGCUGUGGGCCUGGCCGGAGUCCUGCUAGUGGCCCUCUCUGUGGCCUCUGGCCUCGGCCUCUGCUCCCUGUUGGGGAUGACCUUCAAUGCUGCUACGACUCAGGUGCUCCCGUUCCUGGCCCUGGGCAUCGGCGUGGAUGACAUGUUUCUGCUGGCCCAUGCCUUCACCGAGGCCCCGUCUGGCACCCCCCUGCAGGAGCGGACGGGCGAGUGCCUGCAGCGCAUGGGCACCAGCGUGGUGCUCACCUCCGUCAACAACCUGGUGGCCUUCUUCAUGGCUGCGCUGGUCCCCAUCCCUGCCCUGCGGGCCUUCUCCCUGCAGGCCGCCGUGGUGGUCAGCUGUAACUUCACGGCCGUGCUGCUCAUCUUUCCGGCCAUCCUCAGCUUGGAUCUGCACCGGCGCCAUCGGCAGCGGCUGGACGUCCUCUGCUGCUUCUCCAGCCCCUGCUCAUCCCGCGUGAUUCAGAUCCAGCCCCAGGAGCUGGGGGAGGGCCAGAUGGCCCGAGGAGGGGCUCACCUCACCACGACGGUGCAGGCCUUCGCCCGCUGCGACACUGCAGGCCAGCAUGUGGUCACCAUCCUGCCCCCCACCACGCACCUGGGCCCGCUGCCCGCCGAGCCCCUGGGCUCCCAGCUCUUUGGCCCCAUGGGCUCCACGAGAGACUUGCUGGGCCAGGUGGCGGGGCCAGGCCGGGGCCAGGCGUGCCGGCCGCUCCCUUGUGCCCGCUGGAACCUGUCUCGGUUUGCCCGCUGCCAGUACGCCCCGCUGCUGCUCCAGCCACGAGCCAAGGGCCUGGUUCUGGUGCUCUUCGGGGCCCUGCUGGGCCUGAGCCUGUACGGAGCCACGUGGGUCCAGGACGGGCUGACCCUGACGGACGUGGUGCCCCGCGGCACCAAGGAGUACGACUUCCUGGCCGCCCAGAUCAAGUACUUCUCCCUGUACGAGGUGGCGCUCGUGACCCAGGGCGGCUUCGACUACGCCCGCUCCCAGCGGGCCCUGCUGGACCUCCACAGCCGCUUCAGCGCCCUCAAGUCCGUGCUGGCGCCGCAGCCUCCGCGGAGCUGGCUGCAUCGCUACAGCGCCUGGCUCCAGGGGAUCCAGGCCGCCUUUGACCAAGACUGGGCCGACGGCCGCAUCACACGCCACUCGUGCCGCAAUGGCUCCGAGGACGGGGCCCUGGCCUACAGGCUGCUCAUCCAGACAGGAGACGCCAAGGAGCCCCUGGACUACAGCCAGCUGGACAAGCGGAAGCUCGUGGAUGCGGAUGGCCUCGUCCUCCCGGAGCUCUUCUACGUUGGGCUGACCGUGUGGGUGAGCAGAGACCCCCUGGGCCUGGCCGCCUCCCAGGCCAACUUCUACCCACCUCCCCCCGAGUGGCUCCACGACAAGUACGACAGCGCGGGCGAGAGCUUGCACAUCCCCCCGGCCCAGCCCCUGGAGUUCGCCCAGUUCCCCUUCCUGCUGAGCGGACUCCGACAGACCGCAGACUUCGUGGAGGCCAUCGAGGGGGCCCGGGCCGCCUGUGCCGAGGCGGGCCGAGCCGGGAUACGGGCCUACCCCAGCGGCUCCCCCUUCCUCUUCUGGGAACAGUACCUGGGCCUCCGGCGCUGCUUCCUGCUGGCCGUGUGCGUGCUGCUGGCCUGUACCUUUGUGGUCUGUGCCUUGCUCCUGCUCAGCCCCUGGACAGCUGGCCUCAUC